CCUGCUUUCUCGCUGCCUGCUCAUCUGCCACAGCCUUCCAGAUCUCGACGUCUGCGCCGGCGCCCUCUCGCACUCACCUCCCUGUUUGGACGUGAAUAGGAUGGACGUGGCCGUAAGCGCGGUGAGCUGGGUGGUGCGCAAGGCGCUGGCCCCUGUGGCGGACGGCUUCCUGGAGGCGUGGGCGGCCAGCGAAGGGCUCGGCCCCAACAUCGACGCCCUCAAGAUGCAGCUGCUCUAUGCUCAGGCCAUGCUCAACAACACCCGCGGCAGGGAGAUCGACAACCCGUCCCUCAACGAGCUGCUGCACAAGCUGCGGGGGCUGGCGUACGACGCCGACGACGUGCUCGACGAGCUCGAGUACUUCCGCAUCCAGGACGCCCUCCACGGCACCUACCACGCCGCCGCAGAUGUGCAUGCCGGCGGCGGGUGCAUCCAUGGCCUCGUCCUCAAUACCCGCCACACUGCCAGAUCCGUUGCCAGUAAGCUCAAGCUCUCUCUGACCACAGCUGAUGCUCACUCUGGCAUGUGGGACGAUCCUGACAUGCCAGGAAACGGACUGCGUUUUCACUGUUGUGCCAGGCUAUCCAAGGUACAACUGAAAAAACAUGACGUACAAAUACCAAAAUUGCUGUUUGAUAGGGUGGAAAUAUCUAGAAAGAUGAAGGAUAUCGUAGAGCAGCUGAAGCCCAUUUGUGGUAUGGUCUCCACCAUUCUUAAUCUAGAGCUCAUUGGCUCUAACCGUACCACCAAAGACAUUGCUGCGAACAGACCCAAAACCACCCCAGAAAUUAUAGAACCUAAAUUAUAUGGGAGGGAUGACGAGGUAAAGAGAAUCGUGGAUAGCAUUACUCGUGGUGAAUAUUUUGCCAAUAAGCUUACUGUUCUUCCUAUUGUUGGACCUGGGGGCAUUGGGAAGACUGCUUUCGCACAAAAGAUAUAUCAAGAAGUCAAGAGCCAUUUUCAGGUCCCAAUCUGGAUAUGCGUCUCUCAAAAUUUCAAUGCAAAUAGGUUGGCACAUGAUAUUGUGAACAUGAUUCCCCCAGUUGAUGGUGAAAACAAAAAUGCUAGAGAAGAAGAGAUAAUUGAACAGAGAUUAAAAUCAAAACGGUUCUUGCUCAUCUUGGAUGAUAUUUGGACAUGUCAAGAGGAUGAGUGGAAAAAACUGUUAACACCAUAUAGUAAAAUGGGAGGAAAAGGUAAUAUGGUUAUAGUCACUACCCGGUUUCCUGAGGUGGCAAAAAUGGUUAGAACGGAUGAUUGUUUUGUGGAACUGGGAAGUUUAGGGCCUGAAGAUUUUAUGAGUUUCUUUGGAGCAUGUGUAUUUGGUCACGAGCAGUUAUGGAGUGGUCAUGAUGAAUUCUUAGAUGUUGGGAGAGAAAUAGUGAAACAUUUGAAGGGUUCACCUCUUGCAGCAAAAACCGUAGGCAGAUUACUAAGAAACCAACCUACUUUAGAACAUUGGAGAAGAGUUCUGCGAAGCAAAGAAUGGGAACUACAAACCAGCGACAAUGACAUUAUGCCGGCACUAAAGCUUAGCUAUCAUUAUCUUCCUUUCCAUCUGCAACAAUGUUUUUCCUAUUGUGCUCUGUUUCCUGAAGAUCAUGAAUUUGAUAGCAAUGAGUUAAUCCACUUAUGGAUAGGACUAGAUAUUCUGCAUUCACUUAAUCGGAACAAAGGAAUUGAAGAUGUUGGACAUAGCUAUUUAGAUGACUUGGUUAAAUUUGCAUUUCUCAAAAAGAAUGAAAGAGACAAUGGCCGUCCUUAUUAUGUUGUCCAUGACCUACUACAUGAACUGGCAGCAAAGGUUUCAUCAUACGAAUGUCUUAGCAUAUGUAGUUCCAAUAUCAGAUCAAUACAAAUCCCCCCAUCAGUACGUCACUUGUCUAUCAUUGUAGAUGACGAAGAUGUCAAGGAUAGAGUGACUUUUGAAGAUUACAAGAAGGAAUUAAGUGCAUUAGACAAAACAUUGAAAGUUGAAAAUCUACGUACUGUGAUGUUGUUUGGGGAACACCAUGGAUGGUUUGUCAAGACAUUUGGUGAUUUGUUUAGAGAGGCUAGAGCCCUUCGCACAAUUUUUUGUUAUGAAGCAUCCUAUAAUGUCGAGGAUUUGUUGCCAAACUUCUCAGAAUUUGUCCAUCUUCGCCACUUACGGAUUAAGAAAGGCAUUUUUGGGAGAAUAAAUCUUCCCAACACUACUUCAAGAUUAUAUCAGUUGAGGAUCCUAGAUCUAGAACGAUGCAAUAGUUUCUCUAGUUUACCCAGAGACAUAAGCAACCUCAUAAAUUUGCAUCAUUUUCUUGUCUCAAAUGAUGGGCUUCACUCUAAAAUUUUUGAAGUGGGAAAACUAAAACACUUGAAGGAGUUAAGUAGAUUUGAAGUCAAAAUGGAAAAUAAUGGUUUUGAAUUGAAGCAAUUAGGGCAACUACUAGAGCUCCAAGUACUGGGCAUCUAUAAUCUGGAAAAAGUUAAAGUAAAAGAAGAAGCAGAUGAAGCAAAACUAAUACAAAAGGACUGUUUAAGAGAGUUAACAUUGGAUUGGGAUCUUAACCGGACAGCGCAGCCUACAGUACUGGAAGAGAAUGUCCUUGAACGUCUUAAACCACAUAGCAAUCUUCAGAAGCUAUGCAUCAGAGGGCAUCGAGGACUUAAAUGCCCGACGUGGCUAGGCGUGAAUCUCUCUGUUCAAAAUUUAGAACAUCUUCAUCUUGAUCAUGUAGCAUGGCAAAAGCUUCCACCUUUGGGGGAUCUAAGGAUGGUUAAUGAGCAUGGUGAAGGUCUCCUGAGCCAUAGCUUUAAGAACUUGAAAAGUGUGGAACUUGUUAAUAUGAAAAACUUGGAAAAAUGGGUUGAAAAUUACCCAUGUCAUUUGUUUUCUCAGUUGGAAGUACUUGUCAUUAGAGAUUGCGACAAACUAUUGGAGUUGCCUUUUUCACAUCGUACUUGCUGUCAACCCGACCAAGUGACGAACCUGACUUGGUUUCGUAGACUACGGAACCUCCAGAUUAAAAACUGUCCAAAACUAUUGUACGUGACACCUUUUCCUUGGAUAACCACCGCUCUGCGCAAUGCUUACAUACAAGGAGUUGGUUCAGGUUUUGCCGAGCUAUGGUAUAGAAAAGAUUUGAAAUCAGAAUAUUGUUCAUUGGAAAUUGUGGGUAAGGAUGCUCCGGAAAGCACAUUCUGGAAGGCUUUUGCCUUCUAUAAUCUAACUGAACUAAAAGAGUUGAAAACGAAUAAAUGCCCUGUUCUGGCGCCGGAUCACCUCCAAAUGCUAUCAUCUCUGCAGACACUCAGUAUAUGUAAUUCGAGUAAUACCUUUUUGGACGAAAGUGGCAGCCGUGGCAAUUACAAAUUUCCAGUUGAAAGCAUCACCAUCAGCCGCUGCGGUACUAGUGGGAAGGAACUGACACGGCUACUCUCUUACUUCCCGAAGCUCUCUAACCUAAAAAUAUCUUAUUGUCCGAAGAUAGCAGGACUGGGUGUAGUUGAGCAGCAGACGACGGCAACAACCGCAUCAUUACCAUCAUCCUCAGCUAAUAAUGUUGAAGGCGCACAUAUUGUACAUCUGCAGCAGCAGCAGGAGGAAGCAAAAGGAGAGGAGGAAAUAGCUGCAUCGGCUACAGAAGGGCUGCUUCUCUUGCCUCCCCAACUUCAAGAGUUGAAGAUAGCCUCCUGCAAGGAGCUGAGCCUCCACCCCAACGUCACAGAAGCAGGGGGAAUUGGAGGAGGGCUCCAAUGUCUGCGUUCCCUCCGAUCGUUGGAGAUUUGGGGUUGCCCAAAGUUGUUCUCCUCCUAUUCGUCGUCCCCAUCUUCUUGUUCCCCUUUCCCAUCCUCCCUGCAAAAGCUCAGUCUUUGGGAUGUGAAUGACACGGAGGAGACACUAGUGUCUCUCUCAAACCUUGCCUCCCUCACACGGUUAGACAUAAGAAGAUGUGGGGAUUUAAGAUGCGAGGGAUUAUGGUCUCUCCUCACACAAGGUCACCUCACCGAAUUAUCCGUGUUUGGUACCCACAACCUCUUUGUUGGUUCGGAGCCCUCACGGCUGCAUGAACAAGUGCUUCCUCCCCGUUCCUCCAGACUGCAGCACCUCGUGACAGAUGACGCCGCAGGAGUCCUUGCUGCGCCCAUCUGCAGCCUCCUCUCAUCGUCCCUCACCAGCUUAUACAUCCAAUCAGGCUACAAGGCGGAGCGCGUCAUCUUCACAAAGGAGCAAGAGGAGGCCCUUCAGCGUCUCACCUCACUCCAGGACCUCAAACUCUCCGGGCUGCAGUGCCUCGCCGCAGGCCUGCAUAGACCUGCCAACCUCAAGACAUUAGAGAUCUUCCAGUGUGCCAUCCGGUCACUGCCCAAGGAACGCCUCCCGAGUUCGCUGCAAGAAUUAAGAAUCAGGUACUGCCCGGCCAUCCGGUCGCUGCCCAAGGAAGGCCUCCCGAGUUCGCUGCAAGAAUUAACAAUCAGCAACUGCCCGGCCAUCCGGUCGCUGCCCAAGGUGGAACGCCUCCCGAGUUCACUGCGAGUAUUAGAUGUCCGCCGCGGCAGCGAUGAACUAAGGAGGCAGUGCCGCAAGUUAAAAGGAAUCAUUCCAAUAGUCAAAGCCUGACUGGCUAAUCCAAGGGCUCUUCAUGGAUUUUGUACGUUCUUCUAGCCUCUUGGCAUUCUCUAUAUGUCCAUGCACGGUUCUGAAUUGGCAAGCAUCAAGAUUCUAAGUUCGAAUCUUCAAUCGGUACAUAAAACUGACCAUAUGAUUUUCAAUCAAGACAAAGGUUGCUCUCUGAGGCAAUCCAGAUCAGCAAUAAGUCGUUUCAGUAUUCCCAUGUUUCUUGGAUCUGAUAAAAUUAUGUGGUGUCCUGAAGAACCUGAAACGCAUUACUAAGCUAAUGUUAGGAUCAUCUGAGAUUACUAGAGAUGAUUAUCGUUACUUCCAGACAAGGUAAGACCCACAUGCUAAAAAAAUGUACCUGUUUGUUUUUCCUGUGCACAUCUUAUCUGCCUUGCACAUGAUUUUGUGGGUAAACCCAUCUAGAAAGAUAAAAACAAUAUAUUAUGUAUCACUUCAGAAGAAGUUGAUAUGAAUUAUAAUUUUCAGAGGGCUUCCCAGAUUGCAAAUCCUGCUUCAACUAUUUCCAAAUUGCCUUAGAAAUGUUGAGUUUGGCCAGUCUAAGAGAAUGCUUCUCUGCUUAUCGAACCUGUUUCAAGUACAUGCCAGUUGCCUUGAGGACUUCGGACAGAGUGAUUUACAUUGUGCUUUUCUGCACUUGUCGACUUGCUUAAUAUGGAGUAUUAAACUUUAUGUCGAUAAUCUCUAUUGGAGCCUCAUAAGUAGCAUAAAAUAUUGCUCAUUAGACUUAAGGUACUGCUGCAGAAAAUAUUGCAUCAUUAUUAUUUUAGCUAUGAAAUUGUUUUAAGUUCUCAACUCUGAUAUUCUCCAUCUCUACUCAACAUAGGAAUAACUUGUUCUCACAUGGUGAUUUAUAUUAUGUUUUGCUGCAUUUCUCAAUUUGCUUGAACAAUGAAGUAUAAUGAGCCUUAUGUCUGUAUGUAUUGAUUAGUUAUUUUAGCCAUUCCUGUUUCGAUUGCAAAGAGCCAAGAGCUAGCGCUGAAUAUUUUUGUACUACUAUUUGUUUUCCAGAUAAUCUCCAUUGGAUCAUCUUAACUAACAACAUAGUACAAUGCUCGAAUCAGACUAUACAAAUGCAGGGUAGUGGCACUUUACAUUUUCCUCAUCUUGUGAACGUCAAGCCAUUUUUUACAAAUGCCCUAUUCCAAAACUGCUGCUUGACAUGAACACUUCUUAUUUCAAUCUACAGUACAUGGCUAGCUGUACAUUCGUCUAGGCUUGUUGAGUUCUUCCUCAGACCACACUGUUGCGCACAUGAGGAAGUUGAGUUGAAUCUUCCUGCUGUUAGAAAUCCUUCUCCAAAGGAAACUGUGAUAUGAUUAUCUUUUGUUUGUAUUUGUGAAAAAAUAAUGAUGUUUGAAUUGUCUGUUGUUUUGGACAUUCACAAUUAAGAUCGGAAAUUCAGAAGCAUACAUGUACAUUGAAGUUCCAUAUUUAUAAGAACUUUGGGCUGAAAGGUGCUAAAGUAAAUUCUUUUCCCUGGAAAAGUCAAAGUUGUAAUUGACAGCAAUGGCUUAAAGCAUACAUGUAAGUCUAUUCAACAAUCAAAGUUCAAUAUGAGUUAUGUCAUGAUAUAAGAUUACUAACAAGGAAUGCACUCUUUUGUUCUGACCAGAUAGCACUAGAUCAGAAUGUAACAUAUUCCAAUGAUUUGUAUUCUUCUCAACUGCGCAUGUGCACAUAUGGCUAUCCUGUGAUGGAAAUUUUUGUAGGUCAUCUCCUUUGCAGCCUCAUGUGGCCGUGUAACGUAUGUUGGCAAAAAUUGUGGUUGAUUCAGGCAAUAUUCUGCCACUGCAACAGUCAACAUGGAGAAAGUAUUGCUUAAUUUAUCAAAUUUCAUUUGCUCCAAGUACUCAUGUUAGAAAUAAUUCUUGAACUAUAUGAUGAUACAUUCUUGUGAGCGUUCAACUCUCAUUAGACCUUAAUUUAUUGGGCUAUUGCAUACAGCCCCCUGCACACGUUGUAUCUGCAGUAAGCCAAAAGGACCUUCAGACUUCAGUUUGUGCUGGUCUGCUUCUACAAAUUUUUUGGACAGCAUUACAUUUGUGAAGUGCUGAAACUUACAUCUUUCCUUUAUAUUUUUUUUUCCUGCUGAAAUAAUGCGGAAGACCUGCAUGUAUGGAAUUAUGCAAAUGUCGGUCACAGGCUCACAGCAGAUCAACGCUGAUGGUUUUAAUAAAAAUCGUGGGAAAAAAUACCCCAGGUUCUUUUUUUCUACUGUGUCUCAAGACUUAAGAAGAUGUUCAUUUUCUAAGCACCAAAGAUCACCUCCUUUGGAGUCUCAUGUGGCCAUAGAUGCACCUUCAUUUGUUCUACGUACUCAUCUGUAUCUGACGUCCUGCGUCUCUUCGCAAAAGGACUUGGCCGCAUCCUCUGCACACUUGCGCCCUACUCGUCCUAUGAUCCAUCCACCUGCUGAUUAUUCGAAGAUGUCCUCCUGUCCAAGUUGCCACGUUUUGCAGCUGAGAACCAAACGCUCCGAUCCUCUCAGACACUCAUCCUGAUUUAGAUAUGAGGAAUUACGUCCAGAGGUCUUGCCAAGAUCGAUCACAAUUAUCUUCACAAGAUAUCGCUUGUGCUUAUCUGGCUUGAAGUCGGUCAAGGUUUCUUACAUCUUUCAGAUCCUUACCUGGAACAACUAAGUUGAAGCAUCCAGAGAAAUUAAAGCAAGCAUGCUCAGUAAGAUCCAAACAGGGACGGCACUAACUGGAGCCAUCUUCGGAGCUCAAAGCAUGCUCUAUAGGUUAGGAAGGCAUUCACCGAUCUCCUGCAAUUUGAGAUGCAUCACAUCAAGUAACUGAGCAGUCUGCCUAUCAAUUCACAUGCCACUUGUCUGUGAGAUGGACGCGGCAAUCAGCAGCAUUUGGGAUUCUAAUUGCAUGGAUUCGACUGGUUUAGUGUGAAACUUAACCUCAGUUUCUUUCAAAGAUCUUAUGGGUUAGAUAUUAUACCUUAAAUUUUAGUCGAAUAAGUCCAACUGCGUCUAUAAAUAUAAGUUAACCCAUGUACUUGUACUUUGAAUCAUCGUAAUAUAGAUUUGUUUUCGGUGAUUUUUUACCUCUA